UCCCAUUUGAGCUCGAGAUCCCUAAAACUAGGCUGAUAAAACACCACCCACCUUGAUCCACAAAAAGUUGUGGACCAGGUUUAAAGCUUUGCCUAGACAAGCUGCAUGACUUCAAUAUAAAAUCGUACAAGCUUUUAUCCUUUUUGUGCACGAACCAAAGGUGAAGGAUGAAAGGCUCUUCCUUGCUUGCUCCUGUUUCCAAGAGGUUAGAAGGAAAGGUAGCCCUGAUUACAGGCGGAGCUAGUGGGAUUGGUGAAUCUAGUGCUAGGCUAUUUGUUCGGCAUGGCGCCAAGGUUGUAAUUGCAGACAUCCAAGAUGACCCUGGCCAUUCUGUAUGUGAAGAAAUUUGCUCCAACGAAUCCCUUUCCUAUGUCCGUUGCGACGUUACAAGAGAAUCUGAUGUUGAAAAGGCAGUUAAUACAGCUGUUUCAAAGUACGGGAAGCUUGACAUAUUUUUCAGCAAUGCAGGAAUUUUUGGAAAAGGGGAUCCGCAAGCAUCAGCUAUUGAUUAUGAUAAUUUUAAGAGGGUCUUCGAUACAAAUGUAUAUGGAGCAUUCCUUGGAGCUAAGCAUGCUUCAAGAGUAAUGAUUCCUGAGAAGAAAGGCAGCAUUAUCUACUCUUCAAGUUUGGUUUCAGUAAUUGUUGGCAAUGUUCCACAUGCCUACACAGCAUCGAAGCACGCCAUCGUAGGACUGACAAAGAACUUGUGUGCCGAGUUAGGGCAGUUUGGGAUUAGAGUCAACUGCAUCUCUCCUGCCGCCGUACCCACCCCUUUAAUGAGGAAUGCAUUUGGAGGAAUUAGUAGGAAUGCGGCAUUGGAAAUAGCUUCUGCAGCAGCACACUUAAAGGGGGUCAUGCUUGAGGAGGAGGAUGUAGCACAGGCAGCAUUGUACUUGGCGAGCGAUGACUCCAAAUAUGUGAGUGGGUUGAACCUUGUGGUUGACGGGGGUAUCAGCGCGACCAAUACAAAUCUUGCAGAUAGCUUGAAGGACAUCGUUUAGUUAGGCUAUUUACGACCCAAACCAAACCCAAAUUUACAUUUUGCAUAAGAAUAAUAUCAUCUGCCAGUAGACCAUUAUUGUUCCAGGUUGCAUCUCUCCCUUUACAGGAGAGGUCGUGAGUCAGACCACAAAGAUGUUGUAAUUCGUAGCUU